UUGCUGUGAUCUGAUCCCAUGUCCCUUUCUUCACCACAUACCUCCGGUGGUGCAGAGGAACUCGCUCCACUCAAGGACACCCCUCCCAUCUAAACCAGACUAAAAAGGAAAGCAGGAGCUCUUGGUAUCGCACUUCCAGGAGCUCCUGAACACCCCAGGUCUCAAGUAGAGCCGUGAGCUCUGCCUCCAUGAGCUACUACAUGGAGUAAAAUGCUGAAGAUCGUGCUGUGUCUGCUCCAAGUGUCAGAUCCCUGUUCCCCCUCACCUGCUCAUCCUGAGGACUGCAGCAAGCCUCUGGCAUGGAGGGGUGGGGAUGCCAGGAGGACCCUGCAGAGUACUGUGCAGGAGGCUACUACCCUGUGCAGAAGGGAGACACAUUCAGUGGAAGAUACCAGGUGGUGCACAAGCUGGGCUGUGGCUACUUUUCUACAGUCUGGUUGUGUCAGGACAUGGUAGAGAAGAGGCGUGUAGCUGUGAAGGUGGCCAAGGGUGGGGAGAGCUUUGCUGAGGCUGCCCAGGAUGAAAUCUCUCUCCUCCAGUGUGUAUGUACCUUCCCUGGCUGCACUCCAGGGAGCGUGUUGGCUCAUUUGGUUUCUGCACUGUGGGGAUUGCAGCUGUUUUCAGAGCUCUGCAGUACGAGUCCACCUCCUCUAACAGGUCUCAGCCUGAUGGGAGCCUGGCUGGCAGCAGGGAGAACACAUCAAACUCUAUGUAGAAAAGAGCCUCAGGUCCAGCAUUUGCUUCUGAAACAGCCUUCCCCCCCAGGGGUUCUAUUUCUGGUGAGCAGCAUGAAGAAGAAGGACCGGGCAGGGGAGAAUAUUGUCCAUUGUUUAGAUGACUUUAAAAUGAUUGGAGCAAAUGGCUUCCAUGUGUGCUUGGUGUUUGAGUUGCUGGGCCCUUCUCUGCGAUGUCUGAUGAGGAGCCAUGGAACCCAGGGUCUCCCCUUGCCCUUUGUGAAAAAAACCUUACAGCAGGUACUGGCAGGGCUACAGUUCCUGCAUACAAAUUGUCGGAUUAUCCAUACAGACAUCAAGCCAGAGAACAUCUUGCUGCAGUUGGAUGAGGAGAGUCUCCAGCAGCUUCUGCAUGACACAGCUGCCUGGAGCCAAAGUAUAAAUCUGGGCCUAAAGAAACCAGGACUUCUUGCCAAUCAAUUGGAUCAUUGCAAUAUAAUGAAAAUGGGAGUGAAAAUUGCAGACCUAGGCAGCGCAUGCUGGACCAAGCUGGCUACGCCACUGCUCUCACCCCCAGGAUGAAGGAGCCUGUUCUCUCUUUUCUGACUCUGAUCUUAGUGUCUGUCCAUCAUUGUACAUCUCCUUGAAAAGUUUUAUUGUGCUGUGAAAGAGAGAUUGAUUUCAUCUUGUAAUGUGUGUUUGUCCUCUGCACUCCCAGCUCAGAGCUGACCUCUGUACUCUGGGCCAUGCUGCAUGCUUUGGACAAGCUUGUAUGUGCAUACAGUUAGCUUCUACAAUUAGAAAUGUCAAACAAUGUCAGCCCAGUAGAAGGUUUCAGAGGGGUAGCCGUGUUAGUCUGUAUCAGCAAAAACAAUGA